UUUUGUGGAUGAGGCAGAGUUGACAAGUGUCAUUUGCAUGGCCUUAUACGAAAUUUCAAAUCAUCCUUUUCCAACACACACUGCCUCCUCCCUUUCUCAUCAUCUCCCUCCCUCUCUCCUUCUCCCUCCAAAUCAGUCUCUCUCAAAACAGACCAUCUCUUCACCUAUCUUUGUACACAGUCUCUCUCUCUCUCUCUCUCUCUCUCUGAACCUCUCUGUCUCUGUUACCAUGGCAGUAGCAGAGCUAUCAACACCUUUAUACACAAAGACCCGCCUUGUUCACUCAUCCCAGCUCUCAUUCUCCUCGACCCAUCUCCGCGGUCACAGGCGUGUCGCUUUUCGACCGCUCCCUCAGGCUAAAAAUGCCAGAAUAUCUUGCUCUGUUGCACCCAAUCAAGUUCAAGCUCCUGCUGCUCCGCCACAAACCGUGGACCCGAAGAACAAGGCUGAGUGCUUUGGCGUCUUCUGCCUCACCUAUGAUCUCAAAGCUGAAGAAGAAACAAAAUCCUGGAAGAAAUUAAUUAAUAUUGCAGUAUCAGGUGCAGCUGGGAUGAUAUCUAAUCAUUUACUCUUUAAACUUGCAUCCGGUGAGGUUUUUGGGCCAGACCAACCUAUUGCAUUGAAGCUAUUGGGAUCUGAAAGGUCGUUACAAGCUCUUGAAGGAGUUGCAAUGGAAUUGGAAGAUUCACUAUUUCCGUUGUUGAGGGAGGUCAGCAUAGGCAUUGAUCCAUAUGAGGUGUUCCAAGAUGCAGGAUGGGCACUUUUAAUAGGGGCAAAACCUCGAGGUCCUGGAAUGGAAAGAGCUGGCUUGUUGGAUCUAAAUGGGCAGAUUUUCGUCGAGCAGGGAAAAGCUCUUAAUGCCGUAGCAUCACGUAAUGUCAAAGUGAUAGUAGUUGGCAACCCUUGUAACACAAAUGCACUCAUUUGUUUAAAAAAUGCUCCAAACAUACCUGCAAAAAAUUUUCAUGCUUUGACACGGCUGGAUGAAAACAGAGCCAAAUGUCAGCUAGCCCUCAAAGCAGGUGUCUUCUAUGAUAAAGUGUCAAACAUGACCAUCUGGGGAAAUCACUCAACCACUCAGGUUCCAGACUUCUUAAAUGCUAGAAUUAAUGGCUUGCCUGUCAAAGAGGUCAUCAAGGAUAAAAAAUGGUUGGAGGAGGAGUUUACUGAAAGCAUCCAGAAGAGAGGAGGUGUGCUCAUCCAAAAAUGGGGAAGAUCUUCAGCCGCAUCAACUGCCGUGUCAAUUGCAGAUGCUAUAAAGUCUUUGAUUACUCCUACCCCCGAGGGCGAUUGGUUUUCAUCUGGAGUUUACACCACCGGAAAUCCCUAUGGUAUAGCAGAGGAUAUAGUAUUCAGUAUGCCAUGCAGAUCUAAAGGAGACGGUGAUUAUGAACUUGUGAAGGACAUACAAUUUGAUGACUAUCUUCUCAAGCGAAUAAAGAAGACUGAAGCUGAGUUACUAGCUGAGAAAAGAUGUGUCGGUCACCUUACUGGGCAGGGUAUUCCUGUUUGUGAUUUACCCGAGGAUACGAUGCUUCCUGGAGAGAUGUAAUCCUAAGCAGAUACCUCUACGUCUCGAGAACAUUUAAUUGAGCAGAUGAGGCAAAUUAUACAAAAAUUAUUUAUGUAGUGUAAGCAUGAGAAUAAAUCAGAGGGAAUAAUGUAACUCAUUAAAUUUUGUGAUUGUAAUAAGUUUCUGUUGUGGACCCUGGAUCUUGAACAUUGAUGCCUACUUCUGCUUGUUGAGUUGUAGCCUAGAUGUAAUGCAAGUAGUGGCAAAUAACUGUAUAUUCAGAAAUGCCUAUGUUAUUCAUCAUCCAUUGUAUAAGCUGAUUGCCCCAAGUGGCUAUUAAGUGCCUACUAUGGGCUUCUCU